AUGAACCUGGGGCGCGCCCUCGUUCUCCUGGCCCUGGUUGCGGCCGCGGCCGCGGCCAAGUGCACACCCUGCUCCCAGUGCCGCAGCCCGGAGUGUUGGCGCACCUGCAACGUCUACUGCGCUCCAGAGGCGCCCAACGCCGUUCAAGUCAAGAAGGGCAGCUCAUGCAUGGAUUCCGGCGCGAAGCAAGGGCCAGCCAUUGGCAAGGACGCCUGCGAAUGGGCCAAGAAAACCUGCGCCCCGGAUGAGCCUGAAAAGCUCGGCGCCUCCAUGGGCGCCGACGCCAUCGGGUCGGUCAGCCUCGCCCAGUGCUCCAAGAUCGCAAUGGGCAGCUGCCAGCAGGCCGCCGGCGAGACUGCGCCCUGCCAGGACGCCGGCACCCAGGGGUUUGGCAAGUGUGAUGGGAAGAGGUUCAAGGCUGUCUUCCAGGCCCGCGCUACAGAGUUGUGCCAGGCCAAGGCCCGCGGCAUCACGGAGGUCGACCCAAACACCGGGAAGUGGGCUGGAGACCAGCAGCAGCCAAAGCAGCAGCAGCAGCCGAAGCAGCAGCCGCGGCAGCAGCAGCAGCAGCAGCAGCAGCAGCAGCAGCAGCAGCAGCAGCAGCAGCCGCGGCAGCAGCAGCAGCAGCAGCCGCGGCAGCAGCCGCAGCAGCAGCAGCAGCAGCAGCAGCAGCAGCAGCAGCAGCAGCAGCAGCAGCCGCGCCCGCAGCAGCAGGGGCCCACAGCCAGCAGCGCGUGGCCUGCCCUGCCGCGGGCGGGCGGCGUGCCCUCUUGGGUGCCGCCGCCCGGGAUCAACGACUUCCCGAGCGCGGCGGCUAUGGGGGCCAUACCGCCUGCACCCGGGGCGUGGCCGUCCACAGGCGCGGCCUGGCCGCCCGCGGGCGUACCGUCUUUCAACACCCCCGCAUGGGGCUCGUUCAGGCGCCUCUUGAGGGCGUAA